UGAAAAAUAUGUAAAGAUUGUUCAAGACUGAAGUGUUAUAGCAGGUUCUAUUAAUGAUUAACCGAGGCCGGACCUUUUAUACGAAGGGGAACGGUUGAAGACAGCACCGGGCUUUGACAUAAAGGAAUAUGUUGAAUGGCCAAAGCGAGCCAGGCCAAACUGGACUUGAGUGUAAAAGGAGGCGUUAGAGGCCAUGCUGCACUGGUCGGAAAUAUAACAAGGCCCAGCUGGAGUUUUGCAUUAAACGAAAGCGGUUCCAGACUCGAGAAAACCACGCUGGACAGGUCAGUGAUAAGGACAAAGCCAGGCCGGACAAUCUGUAGACUAGGCCGGACUAGCUAAAAACUGGACAAGGCAGGGAGAGGUUGGACAUCAAGGAAGUCCUGGCCGGACUGGUUACAGAUCAGGACAGGAUUUAAACUGGAGUUUUACACUAAAGGAAGACCGGUCAAGACCAAGCCGGACUGGCUGUGUACUAGGACAAAGCCAGGCCGGACAGGCUAAAGACCAGGGACAGCCAGUGCUACGUUAGAAAUUAUAGAAGGAAAUGGCCGGACGGCUUCAAGACCAGGCUGGAAUUUUACAUUAAAGGAAGCCGGUUCGAGCGCAGAGAAAACCGGGCCGAGCAGGUUAUUGACCAGGGGUGAGCCAGGCUGGAGUUUUAUGUGGAGGUAGAAUUUAAGGAUCAAAUAAGGGCGGACCGGACUGGCCGAAGAUCAAGAAGAGCCAGAGUGGACUUUUACGUAAAUAAAAUUCACGUAAGACCGGGCGAGACGAGGCUGGACUUCGGCAUAGAAGGGAAAGUGCUUGACAAUCAGAAAAGACCAAACCGAGCAGGCUACAGACCGGGACAAGACCAACCAGGCUGGAGCUUCGUGUAAAGGACGGCAGUUCGAGACCAGGUGAAGCCAGGCUGGAGUUUUAUGUUAAAGGAGGGAGAUUCGAGUCCGGACUAGGUCAGAGCCAAACUGGACUUGGGGGCCUUUUGUGAAGAAAGGGAGAAUGCGAAGAAGAGAUGGACUGCGACAUCAAAUCUGAAAACUAUAGUAUUAGCAAUAACAACAAUAAUAAUAAUAAUAAUAAUAAUAAUAAUAGCAAUAAUAGUAACAUUGAUAUUAUUAUUAGUAAGAACGAUGACGACGACGAUAACAAACAUGUUAUUCACAUUGAAGACGACUCUCCGACCGCGACCACCACAGUUAAUUCCGUUGAGGACCACCUCGUCGAUACGAACGGCACCAGCAGCAGCAACAACAGCAGCGGUGCUUCGAACGUCACCACGACAACGAGCACCGCCAACAGUGAGCUCCGCCGCCAGCACUAUCUCCUCCAGGAGCAGCGCUAUCGCCACCUCCAGCAACAGAGACAACAACAGCGCCACGUGAACAGCCGCAGCAUCACAUCGUCAUCGCCAUCAUCAUCAUCACCAUCGUCAUUAUCAUCAUCGUUAAACACGCCCUCCUCCGCCUCAUCCUCCAACACCACCACCGCUUCCACCACAAAUGCUAUCACCACCACCGCCACCACGACCAUCACUCACAACAACUACAGAAACAACAACAAACAUGUCGAUAAGACGUUCGGUUUGUUGAAGUGUGACUCUGAAUGUGUGCCGCAGGAGAAACUGGUGGAGUUUUUGGCGAGCAAGCCGAAAUUCAACCAGGCCGUCAUGAUAAGGAAAGGCAGGCAAAUUAUGCGCAAAGAUCUGGUGGGUAUCGAAGAAGGGCCCAACGGAUUUCUUACCGAUAUAUUCCAUCCCGUGUUCGCAAUCACCCCUUCCAGGAGGUGCAUUGUUGUGAAAGAGGAUCUCCUGUGCAACGGCGAAGGAAGCUGUCGACGAAAAUGUGGAGGAAUUGGGGACUGCAUUGUUGAUUGUCCGAAGAAGACCGAACGGGCCAAGAUGGGCCACCGCUGCUCCUUCAAAGUUCUCCUCACCAUGCAUUCCGACCAGAUAGGUAUGUGGGAGGUGAAACUGAUAGGAAGCCACGUGGAGCCGGAGUACGCGUGGGUGCCACCCAUAAAGAAAGUCAAAUGGAGAAAGGUUCAUUCCCACACAAAGGCACUGAAGAAGGCUCUCCAACACAGAAAGAAUUCAGUUCUGCAAUUCGAUUGGCCCCUGAAACCAAAUUUUGCAGCUGAAAAGAAAGAAACCACAGAAUUCUUGAUCCAGACAAAUUCCUUUGAGAAGUCGACCCCGUUAACCAUGGAGUCCAGCAACCUCUGCGGACUAUCGUCUUCACAGCUGAGCCAGAUUCAGUCCCAGAUGUUCGUCCAGAAAGAAGAGGCAGCCUUCGAAGAAUUUCCGACCAACAACGACCAAAUGGACAACUGCAACAGCAGCCCCUCGGGCCAACUGCCCAUAUAUUCCACUGCCGGCCCCACCGCGGCCAAUCAGAACUCUAUGGUGUACCAGAAGGUGGAACUCUGCGAUGACUACGAUGAUUAUUAUAUAGAUAGUGGUCAUCAGCAUGGUGGUGGUGGUGGUCAUGGCGGAGGGAGUGGUAUUGGUGCUGGUGGCGGCGGUGGUAGUAAUGUUGUUGAUGAUUGUGGUAUUGUUGUUAGUGGCGGCGGCGGUGGUGGGGUUGUUGAUGAUGAUGAAGAUGACAAUAACGAAGAUGAUGACACUGCUGAUGACGGAUAUUCCAGCAUCAUUAAUAUGAAUUUCAAUGGAAUCCGCAACACCAACAACAACAACAACUUCAUUGUCAACAACAGCAACAUCAAGACCGGCAGCGGCAAUGGCAGCAGCAACGCCGUGGCGUCGGCUGCUUCCUCCGCUGCUGCUGCCGCCGCGGCCGGGAUGGUCCGGCUGCUACCGCUGUCGUCGGCUUCCACUGCGUCUUCGGCAGCAGCGGCCGCUGCAGCCGCUUCUGCCGCUGCCACCGCGAUGGACUUCUCGGAGGCGGCGGCGGUCGGGAAAAGCGGCAGAAUUGGCGUCGGCGGGGUUGGCGGUUUGGAAGAGGUGGUGGAGGAGAGUCUGAGCUUUGAGGAACACCUCUUGGACUUCCAUCGUGCCGAACACGAACAACGGAUGGCGUUUAUGUCGCAGGAACAUCUUGCCAAAAUGGAGGUGAUCGCUUUGGAGAAAGACAUUGCUCUGUUGAAGAGACAGAAACUGGUCAACGAACUCGGCGCCAGUCUCAAGAAAUGUGACAAUAUUCUCUUGACAGAGCAAUGACACACAUGCACACACGUUCAUACAUUCAUACACAUAGACAGUUAUACACACACACACACACAGAUAUAUACAACACAUAUAUACAUGUGUGUAUACAGAUACUUAAGGUUUGUUAUACACAUA